AGCAAAGACAGGAAUCUACACAAUCAGAGUGACCGGCAAGAAUUCUGCUUCCUGCUCUUUCUCUGUGGAGGAAUACGUUCUUCCCAAGUUCGGGGUAGAAAUUGAAGGACCAAAACAUAUUGCGUCUGGAGACACGAUGGUUCGAGGUAAAGUCUCCGCCACCUACACAUACGGCAAACCUGUUAACGGGAAAGUAGUCCUGAAGUUCGCUGUGGACAACAAACAACAGAAAAUGUACGCAGGAGCUUAUCACUUCAAAGAAGUUACAACUGAACUUGUUGAUGGAAUCGCAGACUGGGAGAUCGACAUUACAGAUUUGACGACAAGAAAGCUAAAAUACCUGUUUAAUCCUUUCUGCAGUCCAUCUGUCCUUGUUAUCACUGCUUCUGUGUCUGAUGCUGAAGGGGGUUUCAACAUUGAGAAAGUGGACUCAUCAACGGAGUUCAGUCAGACCUCUGUAAAGGUGACCUAUAACGAGAACACACAGAAGAACUACGCUGCUGGCUUCCCUUUCUAUGUCGAACUAGACGUUAAAAAUUUUAAUAAAGCGUCGAACACUGAGGACUUGACUGUAAAAUUAACAAUGAUUUCAGGUAUUUCCGAUCCGAAAUAUGUAACACAAGAAGUCCGUGUUCAAAACGGAAAAGCCUUUGCAUCCUUCGAUGUUCCUGAAGAUGCAUGUGCUUUGAAGAUAACAGCUGAAAUGGAUAUUGAUGCCGCUUGUGAUGAAAUCUUUGCUUGCUACCAACCCGAAAGAAUGGUUGCAAAGGCUGAUGAAUUCAUACGCUUAGUCAAGACCGAACCAAGGUCGUACAAAACUGGUGAUAUGGCUUCUUACAAGGUGCUUUCCAACAAAAGGGUCGAAACCUUACAUUUCAUUAUUUUGUCUAAGGGAAGCAUUGUUAAAAGUUGGAACGAUGUCCCAGAAUGGGAGAGUCACGAGUCAGGGAAAUUGUUUGUAGAUGGAUCCAUAAUGAUACCAUCAAAAGUGAUAACCAGAUCACGUCUGUUUGUUAUGACAGCAAACGCCAAUUCUGGAUACAUCCUUGCCGAUGCCAUAGAUCUCGACAUUGCUGAAGACUUGGGACACAAGGUGAGGCUUCAAUUGGACGCUAAAAUUGUUAAGCCUGGUGAAAAUGUGACCAUGUAUUUGACAAGUGAUCCUUCUUCAUUUGUUGGAGUCAGUGUCAUCGAUGCGAGCUUAAACCUUCUGCGGGCACCAUGCAAAGUACUGACCAAGGAAUCAACAAUGUCCUUCUUAAGAGACCUCGACAGCGGAACCACCAAAGACUUGACCUGUAAGAGGGACGAUCCUUUCCAAUGUAAAUCUAGUACUGAGGUGAAAAUAAUCGAUUUAAGGGAUCUCUUCGAAAGUGAAGGUCUUGAAGUUUCCACAAACAUGAAUUUGUUCGAUUAUGGUUUCCAAAAUAACGUAAAACCAUAUCCAAUCAGGUACGAUAAAGGACGUAGUCGUACUAGUACACAAACUUCUAUGGAUAUGUAUGUACCGUCAACCUCUUAUCCUAUGGCGGACGACAUGAAAAUGAUGAUGCCGACGUCAGAGGAAUCUGAAGAAGUGGUCGAGGAACCAAAGGAAGAAGAAUCUGCGGGAUUAAGGAACUAUUUCCCUGAGACCUGGCUUUGGACUGAUAUGGUCAGUGAUGAAAACGGAAAGAACAUCAUUUCAGCGAUAGCUCCUGAUACAAUCACAGGAUGGAAAGGAAGUGCCUUCGGACUGUCCCCUGAAAAAGGAUUGGGAUUCUCUAAUGAAAUAGAGUUUCAAACAUUCCUCCCUUUCUUUAUAAGUUUAGACUUGCCAUAUUCUGGAACUGUUGGAGAGAGAAUAACUAUUCCUGUCAGUAUAUUCAACUAUUUAGAUGAUGAAGUUUCAGCAACAGUCCGAAUCUCUUCUGAAAUGUGGGGUGACCAGGAUGCAACAGUGACCAUAGCCUCUAACAAAGCAAGUACCGUUGAGUAUGAAAUAAGCCUCACCGAGGCUGGGAAUCACGACAUCACUGUCACAGCGGAUACCAGAUCUGGUGAGUCAGACUCUGUUCGAAAAAGCCUUCUCGUUCAACCAGGAGGUGAAAAAGUUAUCGAUACAAGCAGUGUUCUAAUAAUGCAAAAAGGUAAGUCAGGGGACAAAGCUGAUAUGAGUGUUGAACUUCCUGAUGGUUUCAUACCUGGCUCGCACGAUCUGAAAGUUGUAGCUGUUGGAGACAUCCUUGGAGAAGCUGUGGCGGGAAUUUCAAGCUUGAUUCAACUUCCUUCGGGGUGUGGUGAGCAGAACAUGCACAAGAUUGCAAUAAACGUCUUCUCGGCAAACUAUAUCAGAUCCCUGUACAAGGAACUUCCUGAAAACAUAAAUUACAACAUCAAGCAUAACCUGAAUAUUGGGUUGCAGCAGCAGUUUGCUUACAGAAAGGGUUCCACUGGCUACAGUUAUGGGUAUUCAGUGUUUAAAGGGGGUGAUUCUAGUGACUGGUUGACUACUUUUGUUCAUAAGAUAGUCGCUUUAUUCCCGAAAGACGUACCUGUUUUAUGUGAUUCAGGGCUUAAUAGUGAUAGGGACUAUCUUAUGCGACAAUUGCAACAAGUCAAAAAAGAUAACAAAAAAACAAUGGGAGUAAACAGAGAAGGAUGGGCUCCUUAUCAAUACAUUUAUCAUCAAAAUAGGGACCUUUACUGGCAAUCUUACUUCCUCAUUUCUAUGCUGGAGAGCAACGGAGUGAGCCGAUGUGGAAGCACCCUGACUGAUUCUUCUUAUAACUCUGAUAGACUAGGAAAAGUUUGCAACUCUACCUUCGAAUUAGCUUCUCAAUCAGAUGAUUGCUGUUAUCAUCAUAUGGUAGCUUAUUCCAUCCAACUCUGCAAAGAGCAUGGACUUCUUGAUCAUGUCGAAAGCUGGAAAAAACUGCCUUUCAGAGAAGAUGCAAAGUGUAUGGGAUCCUCUACUGAUGGAAAGUUUAAGUUUGCUACUUGUGAAGAUAAUCUUGAAUUUGAAUCCUUUAUGGGAUCAAGUAAGUCUAUCGAAGCUACUGGCUAUGCAGCAUUGUAUUUCAUGCAGAGAGACAGAAUUGAAGACAGUCUCCCAAUGAUAAUGUGGCUUGCCAGUCAAAGGAAUGAGAAUGGAGGAUUCCGAUCAAGUCAAGACACUGUCAUUGGACUGCAAGCUCUCGCUAGGUUUGCUGAAUUAAGCAAUGCUAAAAUGACUAAACGAACUGAUCUAACCAUAGUGAUCUCAAAAGGCAAGUCAAAGAUUGGAAAAAUACGGAUAAAGGAGGAUAGCAAAAUGACCGUCAAACAGUUGGAUCUACGACCAAAAGUUGGCAAGUACAAGAUCAAAUGGAGUGGAGUAGGUGUUGCGUUCGUACAAAUGAUAUCUGAAUACCAUGUCACAGGUAGAAACUAUGAACCUAUAUUCAUGUUGCAGGCUUCAUCUGCUGUAUACGAAGGGCUUCCAGCUGUCAGCAUAGGAUUUACAUUGCCUGAGGAGUCCAACUCGACAAUGUAUUUGCUGGAGGUAGCUUCGCCUACUGGCAUGGUCUUCACAAAGUCUCUUGUUGAGGGACAACUUCAGUUGACCGACGGUGGAUUCUCUGCUAUUACAAGAUACGACAUCAAGGAAGGUGGACAACGGCUUCAUCUCUACGUGGAUCCUGCCACAAAGCUUAAAGAAAUCGAAUUCAACAUCCCCAUGGACAUAAAGUUCGACGUAACCAACAGAAUGCCAGUACAAGUAUCUCUGAUAGAUUACUACAAUCCCUCUAAAAGGCAGACCAUUUUCUACUCCGUUGAUGGAACUAGUUAUAAAUAAUAUUAACGUAAGCCGGGAGGGAUUACCUCCUUCAUUCAAUUGUAAUGUUUUAGCAAGUUACUUCAUAACCUGCCUCAUUGAAACUUUUUAUAUAUUUUAAGUUUUUAAUUCAUUUUAAAUUAUCGUCAUAAUUUAUCUACCCGUUUGCUUAUAGUUAUUGUCUAUUGAUAUUAAUUUUUCAACGGUAGUAGUUUCUGAAAAUUUAGCAGUUAUC